AUGUCAUCGCUGACUAGAAGGGAAGAACAAGACGUCAUCGACUAUUGCGCCGCCCACAACAUACGCUUCAAAUUCGUCGCAGCGCUGGCACCUCGGCAAGGAGGUGUCUACGGAAGAAUGAUUGGAAUUUUCAAGACAUCGUUCAAAGCGGCAGUAAGAAAUCGAACACUCGAUUUUGACGAGUUUUUCACACUGACAAAAGAAUGCGAAGCAAUAGUUAAUUGCAGGCCACUCACAUAUGUGUACAGCGAUAUCGAUUCUGGUUUCCCACACAGACCUAUCGAUUUUUUGCGCCCACCUUCCAUAAUCGGAUCACCACGCCUAGCGAUAGAAGACCAAGGCGACGACGAGUGGAAACCAGAGGAGACACAACAAGAUCUUUUACAGGACCAAUGGAACUCUACAAUCACGCUGCUAAACCGCUUCUGGCAACGAUGGCACGAAGAAUACCUGACAAGUCUACGAGAAAACUUCCAACACGAGCAUCGACAACCGCGUCACACUUCAUCGGAAUCGCCCUUCGAAGACCAAAUAGUACUCGUUCACGACUCAACGCGACCACGAGAAGAGUGGAAGCUAGAACGCAUCAUGAACCACUCCGAUCUCUCAGCAACAGUCAAACUUCCAAACGGCAACACCAUCACGCGCCCUCUCAAUCUACUUUACCCACUGGAAAUUCCUCCAUCGAAAACAGCGCAAGCCACUUCGCCUGAUGCAACCCAAACUAAAGCCACGAACGAUUCGAGGGAUAUUCAACGUGAAACAACAGGAAAGGCACGAACACACCCGAUGAUAUUACGAAGUCUCGCAAGACAACUCUACAUACCAAUCCUCGCCACUGCUUCCAUCAUUUCAAUAGUGUCAGCAGACUUUACAGCAUACAAUCCUCCAAAUACGAAAUGUGACAAAUACCAGUUUUCGCCAAACACAUAA